AUGUCCAAACGUGAAUUAAUUCUCAAAUUAUCAAAUAUUUUUAUCUACCUUGCAACUAUUGGUGUUGUUGUCUUUGGUGGCUACUUGGAUCGGGAUAAAAAAGACAGAGAUGAUGUUUACAUUUUACCAGCCUUUUACACCUUUUGUAUUUGGUUCUUUAUCCAAGCUCUACUUUUUGGAUUCAUAAUUUAUCAAUGGUUUGAACCUGCUAAUGAUGUCACAGUUGAAGGUGUUAGUUGGUAUAAUGUCGCUGCUGGUACAUUAUCCAUCAUUUGGUUUUUACUUGCUCCAAAUAAAAACCUUGUAUUGUUGAAUGCAUUCAUUUUAUUGGCUAUGUUCGUUGUUUUGUUCCGUUUAUUCGACACUUUAUCACUUUAUCCAGCAAGAAAUUCAGCAGAUCGAUUAUUUAUUCAUUAUGGAUUCACCAUUUAUACCGCUUGGACUUUCUAUACCACCAUUCUCAACUUCUGGGUUGCAUUACCAUUCCUUAACACCAUUUUUUCAAGUGUUGUGAUCAUCAUAAUUCUUGGUAUAGUUGGUCUUUCAUUUAUUGAUUAUAACGAACGUCAUGAUGUUGUCUAUGCUAGCACCAUUGCUUGGGCUUUGAUUGCACCAAAUUUAUUUUAUUGUUACAUAAACAUGCCAACAUUACUUGCGCCGAAGCAUUAUACACUUGAUAAUGUUGAUGAUAAGUUAAUAAUACAUUUAACAAAUAUUUGUCUUCAAGUAAAUAAGGGAAAAUGGACAAAUUCAAUUGUUCUGGAAUUUUUGUAA